AUGGCUACAGGCGGCACUGCGCCUUCCAACGAUCCAAUACCUCCUCAACCAUCACACCAUGGCGCACAAGGUCCCCCAUCUGCCGCAGCCCAGGCAGCAUCGCCUCCAUCGAAGCGCGAACUAGCGUCCUGGUGGAAGAAGUUUAGGAAAACAACAGAAAAGCAGGACGAAAAAGUCGAGGCGCCGGGAAUAUUUGGCGUGCCUCUUGACCAGUCUAUACGGUACGCCAACGUUGCGAUCAGCUUGAGUGACGAACAGGGCAACAGCUUCAUCUAUGGCUACAUUCCCAUCGUCGUAGCAAAGUGCGGCGUGUUUCUGAAGGAGAAAGCGACCGACGUGGAGGGCAUCUUUCGACUGAGCGGUUCUGCGAAACGAAUCAAAGACCUCCAGACAGCCUUCAAUUCCCCCGAUCGAUAUGGCAAAGGACUAGACUGGACAGGGUACACUGUUCACGAUGCAGCAAAUAUCCUCCGUCGGUACCUGAACCAGCUUCCGGAGCCGAUCGUCCCUCUCGACUUCUACGAACGCUUCCGAGACCCUCUGCGACCAUACGCGACGAAGAGCACAGGCGACAACGAGGCGCAACCAAUCGAUAUGACGAUCGAGCAACAUGGCGCAGCCGUCGUGGCAUACCAAAAGCUGAUAACGGAGCUGCCGCCUCUCAGCAGACAGCUGUUGCUGUACAUUUUGGACCUCCUGGCUGUGUUUGCAUCCAAAUCAGAUAUGAACCGCAUGAAUGCUGCCAAUCUGGCAGCUAUUUUUCAGCCUGGUAUAAUUUCGCAUCCGCAGCACGACAUGGCGCCCACCGAAUACCGACUCAGUCAAGACGUACUCAUCUUUCUUAUCGAGAACCAAGACAACUUCUUGAUCGGCAUGACAGGCACGGCGGUGGACGAGAAGACGCAGAAGGACGUCGAAAGCGGUGCUCCCUCCGUCAGAAGUCCGGCGGUAGGACGGUCAGCAUCUAACGCGAGCGCCGGCGCGGACAGCCUACGCAAGUACGGAGUGAGAAGGAACGUGUCUGUAUCAUCAGGAAACUCGCGGGAACGAGGCAGUCCGGGCGUCUCCUCACCAGGGACGCCAACAGGAAUGAAUCAGCUCAGUACAGUGGGUUCCAACACGGGAGGAAUUGGCCGCAGCAACACGGUCCCGUCGAAACGAUCACCAGCACUUGCAGGAUCGCGCUUCCAACGAAUGCAAGAGCAGUCGGCCUCGAAUUCGCCUGUUCCGUCUCCGGAGGCAGCGAGAAUGACGAAUCCUCCCGCGACAAACGACGCACAGGACCAACAGCCACAGUUCCCUUCGCCUCAGCAUGCUCCGACCAGUCCUACACUCGCGCAGUCCCCGUCAUUUGGACCUCAAGCUGUGUCAGGCGCACCAAAGGAGCGCAAGAUCUCGAAUCUCUUCUCGAAGUCCCCGUUCCUGGGCCCUCCCGAGGCCUCAAGCAGGCCUACCAAGAAGCUACAGAAGCGCGGGCGCAUUGCGGGCAGUGGUAACGAAAGCGCAGCUAGCUCACAGGCCUCACUGCACGGAGAAGACACGCCUGCAUUCCAUACACCGCUCGUGUCGCCAAACGCCGGAUCAGCAGCCAAGCCUGAUCCCAUCGCUACACACGCACCGCACAUCCAAAACACAACAGCAACACCAGUGGAGACGCCGACGAGCGCCUUUCCGUCCGGCUCUGCUGAAAAGUCGGCCGCUAACCUUCAACCAGCUCGGUCUCCAGCAGCUUCGCUACAUUCAGGCACUUCUGUCACUGAUCACUCAGAGUUCGAUGCGCUUGACAGCAAUGCUUCCCCAGCUGUAGCUGGAGCCAGCCCUCCCGAAAAGGAUAAGCGACGGCAUCGCUGGCGGUUCUCGAGUUCUGCGAAACGAUCCGAUGAUUUCCCCCUCGCUCCACCACCUCCCAUUGGCAGCAAUGCAGGCGCUAGGGGAAGCAAUAGCUCAUUUGGCAGUUCGAGACCACGCAAGAGUUUUACAGGUGACAGUGGUGGGCUGGGCUCUAGCCAGCAUGACCGCGAGGGCAGCAUGAUGACUGGCCAGAGUCUGGUCGGAGCAAGCACUCACAGCCGGGAAAGUGGAGAGCUUCUUCGAGAUGUGACGAACACGGGGUCGAACACCUCAGGCGAAGAGAAGAAGGGGCUUUUCGGCAAAUGGAAGGCGAAGCUUGGUGAACGAAACGAGCAGAAGAAGCUUGAGAAAGAAAGAGCAAAAAGUCCACCAGGGGCCGCUUCCCAGGGACAGUCGCGCUCGAGUCUGAGCGCUAUGGCAAGCCCAAACCAAGGACCCAGAGGUCGGAGCUUUGAGGGACAUCGUGGAAGUCAGUCCAGUGGUGAAGGCGGCAUGGCGCCGAAUGAGAGCGACCGUGCGCCGGCAUCUACUCUUCCGACUGUUACUGAGCGGCCUGUGACUGAAGCUAAGGAGCGGGCGGAAAUGACGGGGCUGCCACAGCAGGGAUCUGCACAGCCAGCGCUGCCUGCGACGACUGCUCUGCAGACUAAUGCUCCCAGUGCUGUCACGCAGUCAGGAGUGGCGCAGAAUCCCGUCUCUGACUCACCAGUGUCUCCGACCACGGUCAUUCAUCCUCAGCGUUUGGCGGAUCAACUGCAGCAAGCACCGCAGGGCGUCGAAGAGCAGGAGAAGUCACCAACUACGCAGUGA